GUGGACUAAUAUGGGGCAUCUCUACGGCAAAUAUUUCCGAUAAGAUCGCUCAGAAGUGGAUGAUAUUUUAUUACCAAAUUCCCAGAGGCGUGGGGCACGCGAUAUGCCCGCCCAUCAACUGAUUCAAUUGGAGCUUGCAGUCCUCCGUGAAGGGUACCAGGAGACAUGCAGGCAGAGAUAUUCUGUGCCAGAAUGAGCGGAUUUCCAAGAUCGCUACGGGUGCGCCUCUAUGCCGCCUUAAUCCUUCGCGUGUUAGAGACAUUACUAAUAUCCACCGAGCUACCCGUACUCAAGCCACGGGUUUUAUACCAGGAAAAGUUGGCCUGGCGCUGCUAUCUGCAGUUGACCAGGGCUUGCAACACAGUAGCCCUGGACUCUCCCAAACUCUACCUCACAGCCAUCGAGGGUACGAAGCUGCUCGUUGAGGUACACCACUUCAAGCCGGCACGACCAAAACCUCCAGUCCAGCCUUCUCUGCCGAUGGGUGGAGGACAUUGGGGGCCUUGGACAGCGAUUGGCCACCAUGUGGGAAGUAAUCUUACACGAGAUUUCCGGGACUCGCGGCUUGGUCUGAUCGCAGAUUCACCUGGCCAUUGCCAUUGAUAGUCUUGUGGCUGAGGCCCUGAGAAACUAGCGGUAUACCAACCAGUUAUAUUGCUUUCUUGUUAUGGGGCACGGGUGGUAGAUCUCUCAAAUGCAGAAAAUGAGUGGUGCCACACAUUGAUUCCUUCCAGAACAAAGGAUUUCCGUGACAGUUACAACCGGAAAAAGGAUUAUGACAUAGCAAGGACUUUGGCAUAUGUUAGACAGAGUUGUCAACGGGGCAGCAGAGUGAUCGUAUGGGCCGCAGCCCAGAAGACCGCCAGCGGAAAGCGCCCCUGGCAGCCAGGGUGAUCAUGACGAAAUGGCCAGACCGGAUGGCCUACCAGCAUCCGGGAUGGUUCGACUUCGUUGUCCAGGCCAUCAUGGCCCGGGGGGGGCUUGGCAGUGAUGCCGUGGCAUUGCAUCCGCUGGACUCGAGUAGGAGGAUGAAACAAAAUUGGGUGUCUCAGAGAGUUAACAGGCAACAU